AUGCCAAGACGAAAAUAUUGUGAACACCCAAUAAAACAUGAAAAAUCUGCACGUGUACCAAAAGGAGUAGUCGCUGUGUCAUCACAGCUAUCAAACUUUUUGAUUGCUCAAUAUGAUGUGGCUGACACUCGAAUUCGCUGGUUAUGUCCAACAUGUCAUGCAUCUGAAUCGAAGAAAAUGAUGACUCAUCAAUCGAGCGAGCUCAACGACGAUGAAAGUUCAAGUGAUGAUGCAUUCAUGAUAGAAAGUUCUCCUGUUAAUGAUCAGAAAAAAGAUGAUGAUGCUGUCAAUGUGGAAUUUGAUGAUUUGAAUGUAGAAGAGAAAGAGAAUCCUCAUAUGGACAGUGGUAUCAUAGAUGAGUCAAAUGAUGAUGAUGAAUCACCAUGUGCUGAUGGAACAACUGAUCCUGAAUCAAUGGAUGAAGAUACAUGUCAUGCUGUCUACGAACUCGAACACCAGAAAGAAAAAGCAAUGGAGGAAUUAUCAAAUAUAUUCAAACUAUUAAACAUAGAUCCCAUCCAUGACAGAUCAGCAGUAUCACCAAUUCGAACCAAAGUCGAUGAAGUGUAUAGAAAACUUAAUCAAUUAUGUGACAUGUUAGAUGAAAAGUCUCAAAUUUCGCGUGAUCCAAAUCCUCAUAGACUAAGGAUAUGUGAAUCAAACCAACUUUUGGAUGGUUUAAAAAAGUUAUAUGCUGAUAGUGAGCCAGAGGAACAAGUUCGUUUGAUGACAAUCGCUCCGAAAGAAUGGGGUCGACAAAAAAUAGAAAAAUGGUUUCAAUCAAAGCCAAAUCAGGCUCGACGAUCGCUUGUUCUUCGAAAAAACAAUGGAAUACUAGCUUAUCCACAAUGUCUACGAGGAAAUAUUCCUUUAUCUGAUUCAACAGUGGACACUGUGCUGAAGUUCUAUUGUGAAGAUGGCAUUAGUCGAACCUCAUCGAAUUCUAAAGACACAAUCAAAAUCAACGGACAAUCUGUAGCAGUUCGAUUCUUAGAAAUGACUGUUUUGGGUGCGUACCAAAUAUUUAAUGAACGACAUCCUGGACUAGUUGCACGAUCAACUUUCAAUAGUCUUCGACCACGAGAAGUAAAGACUGCAACACCACAUGAUACUUGCAUAUGA